UUGCGAAAUAUACUUUGUGCUGUAAGAGUUUAGUUCACAAUAAGUCAAGGAGGCUAAAGUGGAGUUUGGUGUUCUUGCGAAGUUCAGCGAUGGUAUAUCCCUUCUUACUCCUUUAACCCCAAGAACGGGGACUUUCGUGUCAGCGGAAUAUGAAUUUAAGACUGGCUUCGUGUGUUACGCCAGAUGUAAUGUAACGACAAAGUGAGAAUAACCGUAAGACCAUCGACAACUGCAGCAAUCCUCCGAGCAUGGAGAUUCCUCUUAAGCGUGCGACGAUAGUUUCCGUGACCCGAAGUGAGUCCUGACGUGCGUAAAAAGCGUAAAAAGCGUAAAAAGCGUUUAGUGUGGUUUCAGCGAUUGAAAAACGUAACGGGGUGAUGAAUUUAAGUGGUUUUUGAUACUGAUACGUGGAUUGUUUUUUAAAGAACAUAUUUUCGCGUGUCACGUGUGCAGAUGGCGUGCGACACUGGAAGAGUGAUCACCAAUUGCGAUUGUUUGUUCGAACGACUAUUUUUCCAGUAGAGUUGCCACUUUGAGUACGACGCGUCGGUGCGUUUAAAAUAAAACUGCUGACAAUCUGACGCCGACGAAUUUGCCAGGUCAUGAAACUUGGUAGAUAUUACCGUUGCUCCUUUGGAUCAGUUUUUAAUUUACUGGAAGGUAUUCCAGUCUAACGAUAUUCGCCUCCCACGCUGCUUGGAAUUAACAUCAGAGGCUGUCGAAAAUUAAUGUACUGUUCGAUCAAAUCGUUCUGAUGGAUUUAUCGUACGUUGUGUAAAGAGCAGCCAUUCUCAAGUUCAAGAACAAUAUAAAAUAAUUGUCUGCAGGGAUCGGUUGACACAAAUACUGUAGAAAUGAUUCCAGAUUUUCUACGCCCUAUUCUCUGCAUCACCAUCACGUUUUUGUUAGGUAAUAACCCAGCCCACAUUUCACCGUUCCCGACGGGCAAUUGCACCCUCUGUUGUCCUAUUGAGCCUGAUCAAGAUAUCCAGUAUCAGCUUUAUACCAGACGCAAUCCGACCAUCCCAAACAUCUUGGCAGUCAAUGAUGCGACGACCUUGCAAAGGAGCAGCUUCAACAGAAGCAAUCCAACCAUAUUUUACAUCCAUGGAUACAGCGAACGGGCACCAGGGCUGAGUGCGGCGACGAUACGCGAUGCGUAUCUGAGGCGCGGUGAGUACAACGUCGUCCUCGUCGAUUGGGGCAAAUUGUCGGCACUUCCGUGGUACAUUACGGCUGUAAGGAACACCAGGAUCGUUGGACCCCACGUAGCUGGUAUGGUCAGAUGGCUGGAGGCUCAGGGCGCGGUUCCGGCUUCCCGUGUUCACGUGAUAGGGUUCAGUCUGGGUGCCGAGGUGGCAGGUUUCAUGGGGAAGUCUCUCAUCCCGCAGCAGCAGGUGGGAAGAAUAACCGGACUUGAUGCUGCCUUUCCUUUGUACAUGAAUACGGGGACCGACGGACACUUGACCGCGACCGACGCAAGCUUCGUUGAUGUUAUUCACACCGAUGGUGGCAUAUUUGGCUUCCCUUCGCCCCUUGGUCACGCCGACUUUUAUCCAAACGGUGGAAGGCCUACCCAGCCAGGAUGUACCGCCGACAACAUCAUCUUCGAUGGAAUAACACGCGUACUUAAUCAGUACAUUGCUUGCGGACAUAAUCGUGCCUGGCAAUUCUACGCGGAAUCGGUGGGAGAUCCGAACGGAUUUCCCGCCAGCAGAUGUUCCAGAUGGAGGAUAGAGAUUCCCGGUAACUGCACGUGGACUCCGGACGCUCGGAUGGGAUUCGCCGCCGACAAUAGGAUCCGCGGUAUGUUUUAUCUCAGGACAAACGCCCAGCCUCCAUUUGCCAGGAACACGACGGGUUACGGAAUCAGGAGAUGAGCUUGCAUCGAUAAAAAAUAACAGCAAAUACAUGGAUGAACCAACAAAUAUCUGAUCGCCAAUCGAGGUGCCCUUAUUUCUGGUAUCUUCAAGCCUCGCGAAACUCUCGCAGUUUUGAGUUUCGGAUCAUUGCAAGGAACGGACCAACCGCAAGCAUAUUUUUACGAUUAUUGUUGCAUAGGUAAUUUUUCGCUGGAUAAAUUUGCUCGGGAAAUUUUAUACCAGACAUUGUGUACAACAAAACGUAUAAUACGUUUCGACGAAUCAUCGAUUUUGUAAUUAAACACCACCCUGUUAACGGGGGAAAAAAAAACUAGGGGCUUUAAUGUGAGAUUAUAACGACAGAGUGCAUCUGAUAAUUUCUCGCCGGACGAGUAUAACGUGAAUAUUAAUUAAAGCAAACCUUGAAUGUUUAUAAGGGCCUAGACCAACCGUUCGUGUCUCACGCACCUUUCCGCACGCACAGUCCAGAAGGAAAAGAGAAGACAAAAAGUACAAAAUGUGAAACCAACUCCGUUCAUUCUUUAUCUCGUUCUUAGCGGCAUACUUGAAGUAACGCGGUGUAAGGAAAAAGAAAAAAAAAUCUCAAUGCUUCCACCCUUGUUACUAUCAUGACUCCUCCCUCUGAGUUGAGCACCGUUCUGCAAACAUAUUAUUCACCGUUCGAUGGUGUACAUCAAUACGAGUAAUGUUCAAUUUACGAUAAGAACCUAAGCUCCUCUUCCGUAACGUUACUCAGUAUGACGUACACGUGUACCGGAACGUCUUGUACCGAAAUUACCCCGGUGAUUGUCUAUUGGCUAAAGUCAGAUUCAAGGUCGUGCUUAAAGUUACAUGUCAGAUAGAUCACAUCCAAAUUGCGAGUGAUUUACCGACUGUUUGUUAUUUUCGUACCUCAAUUUAAACCACGUUCCGUUUCCUAUCCGUACGUCGAGAAUCGAUAAUAAUAUGAACGUAAAAGCAUUGAUCUCUAUGAAAUUGGAAAACUUCAAUUUCUCCUCAUUGUGCGGUUUCAAAGAUUUGUUUACCUGGAUGAAUCGGACUUUUUUUUAUUCAAAUUUCGGUCGAAUUUUAAACUCGGAGUAAUUCAAGUACUUUCCUUCAAAGGCAAAAGUAUCGGGCAUGCACCGAGUUAGUAAAUUUUUAGGCAUCUGGCGAGAGUUUAGAAAACUGCUGUCUAAGUCGUCCUCGUUACCGCAUGUCUUUAUACAUAGACAGAUGCAGUAUAAGCAGCCACUGAAGGAUAUCAUAGAAGUGACUCUUUAUACGCGCAAUCACGAAUUUCCCGCUUUUGGUUCUCCACAUUUCUCGGAGUUGAAAAAUAAACCACACAUUACAACUCCCCUUUACUCCGCCUCGUCGUCGAGUACGCUACUUGAGCCACUUCAGAGUGCUUUUUCAUUCAAAAAAAUGUUUCAAUGAAAAUUUCCGAGCCGUGUAUAAUAAAAAGUCGUCGGUUAUUUUUAAUAUUCGUUUAUUUUUGUUUCAUUUCCUCUGCCCUUCGUGAUAUUUAUCCGAACGACGCUGUUUCAGUUUACUCUCACGGUCAUCUACGA